AGGCCCCGACCCUUUUUUGGCCCGACCGACCGCGCGCACCGCGUGACGCGUGACGCGCCCGUCGUUACGCCCGCUGACGUCGCAUGUGGUGCUGGUCCUCGGAGCCGGUGGACGUGGAGGAACUGAUGCGUGCGAAGAGCGUGCCGGCGAUCAAGGAGCUUGAGCGGGUGGAAGACUGCGAGGAGGCGACGGCGAGCACCACGGGGACGUCUGCGUCCGAGCAGCCGUCCCGAACGACUCUCGACGAAGCCUUGGCACAGCUCCGUGCUGCCUGGCAGGAGCGGAACGAUGCCUCGGCCCUGGCGGCCUGUGAAGUGCUCGAAGGCCUCCUGCGUGGUGUGAAGGCCCAUUUGCCCGAGCUGCCGAUCACCGCGCAGCUUGACACAGAGCCCGAGACGCUGGCAACCUCGCUUCAGGUGCAGUUCCUCCACCGGGUCCGCAGGGUCAUUGCCACGCGAUCACGCAUUGGCUACGAUGUGUUGCUGCAGGAUGAGGUCUCCUUCAGCUUGUCUCAGACGGAAGAUGGAGUGCAACUGCACAUCACCGGCCUGGAGUUUCAUCCGCUGGAGGACGCCGUGGCCCUGCGGCGGCACCUGCAGAGCCAGCUGAAGGACUUCACCAGGGAGUCCUGCUAUCAAUGGUGGGAGGAUCACAAAGAAGAGAUGUGUCCGUUGAACAGCUCGAAGUUGCGCUGGAUCCUCGAAUCGAUCUUAGGCCUUCGUAGCGUGAAUGCAGUGACGCCGCCUAAGGGAAAAGAGAAGAUGCUGUGGGGCUUCCUCCAUACCCGCAGAUUGGUGGUGGAGAGCUUCCACUUCCGACGGGACGAGGAGGGGCACGUGCGGAUGAGGGCAAAGGUGGAGGAGCCCAUCAGUGAGGAAGAGAGAGCGCUGCAGGCAUCUUCGGACGAGAUGAUCGCUGAGAUGCCUUCCCACGAGUUGAAGCUGGGCGAGUAUUUCAUGCCUUCCAGCAUGAAUUGGCUGGAGCUCUUCCACUACCAUCUCAUAGGGCAUCCGGGUGCGGACCCGGCGAAGAUCACGAAGCUCCUGUCCGGAGCGACGUCUUGGGGUUGUGGCGCAGAUGGGUGGCAUCAAUAUGAUGAGACCUGGACCUGUGUGGACCAGAAGACCUUGCUGGGAAAGACCACUUUAGAGCAGGGCCGUGUGAUUUGGCAUCAGGCAUAGGCAUAGCCGCGGCAGAGCGCCUGCAGGGCGCCUGGAGUGUGAGCGCUUGCCUCCGACGCCGUUGGGGCGGAUUUGAGGGCAUCGGUUGGAAGAGUGGGCAGAUCUGGGCAGACUCAAGAGUUCUUU